AUGAAACAACUUUUCGGCGCACUUCUACUGCCAGUUGUCUUCUGUCAGCAGUCCUAUUUUAUCGCCAAGAAAACAUACGCCGAUUGUAGUCAGACAGAGUUUUUCGAUCCUGCCACUUUGACCUGCGUGAGCUGCCCUUCUAACUCUGGAACGACUUCGCUUCACCCCAACGAGUGUAAAUGCAAUAAGGGCUUUACAACAAGCUACAGUCUUGAUAGCAGUUCCAUUCUUGUUCUCACCUGUACUGCAUGUUCUGGAGCGGUUUCUUUGGAUGGAACUGCGUGCUACACUUGCGGCUCUGGAAGCACUCUUGAUGCUUCUUCCGGGCGCUGUGUCUGCGACAAUUCUGAAGAAAUUCUUGAUGAGCGAAAUCCAGAUGGGUCUUUCAAAACCACUGUGACAUGUGGAGCUUGUACAUCUGCAUACACAACAAAUAGCGAGUCUGAUCAAUGCAUUUCCUGUCCUUUCGAACUACCAUUGCCGAAUUCUAACGAGUGUUCAUGUUCUGUCGCGAAUUCCGUUGGCGAUGUCUGUUUUGCCCAAGCUCAAUCUGUCAAUCCAGAAACAACGAUCACUCGGAAUGGGCAGCAGCUUUCCUCGGAUCUUUUCACCGAAAAUCUAAUGACUUCUUAUCAAAAGUGCCUUGAUGGCAAAGACUCAACGGCUUGUAAUUUUUUGGCCAAUCUUUGUGUUCUUCAAUUGACUACAACUAGCGGCUCGGCUUGCAAUCUUCUCUUGGAAGUUCAAACCAAUCGCCAGCCACUGACGACCAUUCAAGGUUGGCGCGAGCAGUUUCCAUGGAUCAUCCUCGCAGACAGCGAUUACCAGACUCUCACGACUUACACUGGGAUCGAAAAGAGCUUUGACUAUCAAUCUGCCCUUGAUAUAACGAUCGCUACGUACAGUGUCAAUGGUACAUUCCUUGGUUUUCAAAAAGUAACAAAAGGUCUGCUUCAAUUAUGCAAAUUAUACGACAAUCAUCUUGAAAAACUCUGGUCCUUUGGUGCCCCUGUACAACAGACAUGCUCUAUUACUGUCGAAAACUUGCCUGCAAAUACGAAAUUCAUGGACUUGUAUUUGGAAGAUAAUAACAAACUCUAUCCGCUUCCCGUAGAAACUUCAUGCGAUAGCACUUGUGGAGCUAGCGUUAAUCCUGCGUUACAGUUUACUCGGCGAAUAUUUACGGCUGAUACUGUCAGCAAUGCAGAGUACACUCGCGUUCUCAAGUCACUCACGAUUUCGACAGAGAUCAAGGAAGACGGCACAAUUUUUCCUCCACAGAUUUCUGCAGUUUAUGGCGACGUGAAUAACGCAGAUGGCGCUGCUGCCGAUAUAUCCUUCGAGAUAAAGUACAUAAAAGCUGCUGAAACAGAAGAAGAAAAAUGGAAAAUCGUUCUCGGUGUUCUCGUUGGCGUCUUCUUUUUCAUCUCCUUGAUCCCAUUCAUUUCCUGGAAUCGACGAAAUGGAACGAUGAUGCUAGACGGAACGAUGAUAAUCAAGUUCCUUCUAUCUAUCCUCGAUGGGCUUGCCUGGGCAAUGUUCGUUACUUCCGUUUCGUUUGCUGUCUAUACCUUCUUUGCAAACAAUAGCGUCGAUCCUGGACAGCUUCCAGAAGACCAGUCGACCCUUUUCAUCACCGUCACUGUACUUGCCUUCGUUUUCAAGACGAUCAACGUGAUCCACAUCGUCCUGGACCAAAGCUACGCAGACGUCUUUUUCAUCGACUGGGAGCGCGAGCGGCCGUUAGCAGAAGGAGAUCAGUCCAUGAAAAAGACCACGGCUUCGAAGAUCUCGAUCUGGAGAACAAUUCUAGCGGCAAAUGAAUGGUCAGAGAUCCAAACAACAAGGAAAACCUCCAUUACGCUGCAACUCUUUGUCGUUAUCUUCGUUCUUGAGGUUCUCAAUUUCGACAACUAUGGCUGCACAACACCGAAUCAAUCGCCUGCGUUCAAAUUCAAUUGCGAAAACGACGCACUGAGACAAGACUCGCUGUAUCUCCGAGCUGGAUUAGCCAUGAUCGUAUAUGGAUCUACCGCACUCGCGCAGUACAUUGUCAAUCGUCUGAUUAUUUCAAUGUUUUUCAAUCCAAUCUUGAAUUUUAUCGAUCUCCUGUCGGUUAUGAAUGUCUCGUUGUUUACUCUCACCCAUAGACAGUUUGGAUACUAUGUUCAUGGAAAAAGUGUUCAUGGUCGUGCGGAUACUGACAUGCUUGACUUGCAAAACUGCUUGCGUCGUGAAGCGAAUGGCCAAACUGGCACUAGAGGCCUUGAACCAGGACAAGACAUAACGACUUUCGAAAUCAAAGUUACCAAUGAAUUCCGCCAGUACUACGACACAUUUUACCGCGCAGCCAUGGUUGGCAACUCUAUGGGCGCGGCUAAUGAGGACGAACAGAACAAGUCUCAAGUGGAGUCAUAUCGCCGUCUCAACACAUUUUUGCAAAAGUUCUUCAUGCACGGACUUCCAAGCUUGAAACUUCAGUUUAAUUCAAAGGGUCUUUGGGAGAAGUUCCUUGAUAUUGAAUUCUCAAACCAACCACAGCCAGUUAUCUCCGAUAUGUACCGAGAUCAACGAGGUGAAACGAUCGGAAAUGCGCUCUUCUACGGCAACGAAUCACAUUUAGUUGUCUUCGAAAUUCUAUCAUUCGUCGUCUUUGACAUUGCAUUUACUUCAUUCAUCCUUGCAGCUGUGAUUACCUACAUCCUGAGCCGAAUCAUCCGCUUCCUGCGCCAAAACCUAGCCCGACGCAAUCUCUCUUCCCGCACUAUGAUCGACAAGCGCUUCCUUGUAUAA